AUGAGCGGCGCCGCUCCCUCCUCCGAGGCCCCCGUGGCUAUUGUCUGCGUGGGCAUGGCGGGCUCCGGCAAGACGACCUUCAUGCAACGCCUCGUCUCGCACCUCUACACGCAUGCCGACCCCACCCAGAGCGAGCCCGCGACAUCCAAGACACCAGCUGCGCCGCCCUACAUUCUGAACCUCGACCCCGCCGUGCACUACGUCCCCUUCACCCCCAACAUCGACAUACGCGAUUCGGUCAACUACAAAGAGGUCAUGAAGCAGUUCAACCUGGGGCCUAACGGUGGCAUCCUGACAAGUCUGAACCUGUUCAGCACCAAGAUCGACCAGGUCAUAAGUCUGCUGGAAAAGCGAACUGCCCCGCCCGAGCCUGCCGAGCAACCUGAGCAAACCACGGUCGAGUUCAUGACAAACUCCGGCAAGACCACCCCGCCCGCGCAGAAGCCACCGCACGUGAAGCACAUAUUGGUGGAUACGCCAGGGCAGAUCGAGGUGUUCGUGUGGUCAGCUAGUGGAGAGAUACUGCUGAGCAGCCUGGCGAGCACAUUCCCGACUGUCAUUGCCUAUGUCAUAGACACGCCGCGCACUACAAGCACGUCGACCUUCAUGUCCAAUAUGCUUUACGCUUGCUCCAUAUUAUACAAAACAAAGUUGCCUAUGAUUCUAGUCUUCAACAAGACCGACGCGCAGGAUGCCCAGUUCGCCAAGGACUGGAUGACGGAUUUUGAGGCAUUCCAGAGUGCACUACGCAACGAGGAAGAGGGAGGAAGCUUUGGUGGCGAGGGCAGUGCCAUCGGUGGAGGAAGCGGCUACAUGGGCAGUCUGUUGAACAGCAUGUCGCUGGUUUUCGAGGAGUUCUACAAGCAUUUGAGCGUGGUUGGGGUCAGUUCAAUGACUGGAGAUGGCAUGGAUGAGUUUUUUAGGAGUGUUCAGGUCAAGAAGGACGAGUUUGAGCGUGACUACAAGCCGGAACUCGAGCGAAGGCGGGCUGAGCGGGAACAGGAGAAGGCGACCACUCGACAGAAAGAGCUGGACAAGUUGAUGAAAGACAUGAAUGUCGGUGGCGCAAGCAAAGGCAAGAAGAAGAUGGACGAGCCCGAGACCGUCAGCGAUGUGGAAGACAACAGUGACGAGGGCAUGCAGGUUGACGAUGAUGAUUCCGAAGACGAAGAGUACGAUUCGGACAAUCCAGAGCAUGGACUGAAGGCACGGUAUCAGCAGGCGCUCAGAGACGAUGCGGGGCCGUCUGCAGAAGACUUCAGCUUUGCACGGUACGUGCACAAGGCCAAUCUCGGCUGA